UCUAUCUGAGACUGUGAAGGAGAGAAAUGCACACCAAUGCAGCUCUGAAUUCGUUCUCUUAAUUCUUGGAAUCAAAAUCGCUUUUAUUAACUGCGUGAUAUAUGGUUUAGUUUUUUUUUCUGUAGGCCUUUUAUUAGAAAUAAUAAUGACUGUAACCUAAAAUUCACAUAUAUUUUAUAUCGAACUGUUCGGCAACUUAGUCUAAUAGUAACGGUUUUAAAAAGGCACUUACGAUUUGCUGGUUUAUGCUGUGCAGAUAUAGCCAGACAGUAUCAAAAAGCAUCGCCUACAUCGGAUUGAAAUCACUGGCACUGCUUAUUCUUGUUGUUUAUAUAAAAAAAAUGAAUCAUAGAACCGUUACAUUCUGACCAAGUCUAUUUAGUAUGUAAGGCAGCGGGCUAUAGGAACGUUUUCUGGCUCUAUAGCCACAUAGUGUAUGCAAAAUCGAUAUGUUUACUAUAUAGAUUGUAUAGGCCACUUUUAUUUAAGGACAGAACAAAGUGUGUUUAUGUAUUUGCUGUUUGACAUAAAACCACCCGCGCAACGAUUUUAAAAUCUAAAAACGAACUACAAACACAUAUUGUUACGGUUUUUUUUUAAUCGUUAGGUUUUAUUUAUUUAUUUUCCACAGUGCUGUAUUUCGUUACAUUGCACUCGCUAAUUGAACGUCUUGAACUGAGAAACGUUCGCUUUAAAGAAAUGGAUACAAUAUUUGCGCAGGUGUUACAGAGCUUGUUAAACAAGUUGGAAAGAAGUCUUUGUCAAAUAUGUUGUCAAUAGAAUUCCCUAAAGACGUGUUAUUCCGUUUAAGUAGUAAUAUGACCAGACAGGUGAUAUUGUCAGCCGGUAUUUAUUAUUGGCAGAAACUUCGUUUUGAGUAAAGUACACGAACAGCGGCUGGUUGCAUCAGCAGCCUGCUACCCUGUGUCUGUGUCACUGAAGUGGUGAUGGACAGCGGACCCGCUGCCGCUCCGCUCUUCAACAUAUCAGCACACUAGUCGAGAGCAGCGUGUACUCGGAACUACGUGCUUUUUCACCAUAAGAAGCUUACCUAACCACAGAUGUAGGUGCCAGGCUUUCACCAGUCCAAAUCUAUGUGGACAGCUAGCCUGCACAGAGUGACUGAAAUCAGGAAACGCGCGUAAAGAGAUCUGAUGCUGAUGUUGCUGCAGGCAUUGCUAAAUUAUAUAGCCUCGCGCAUAACCGGAACGCGAGAGCAGCGGCGGAAUUCGACCUGCUGACUACUGACAAGAAGUUUUCUCGUCUUUGGACACUGAUGCAGUCCGGAAUCUGCAGCCGGUGGCGGAGCUUUCCAGACUUUCUUCCUCACUAGAACCACGUUGUUUUUUGAAUGCUUGUGAGCGCUGCACCGGCGGGGGCUGAUGAUGGCUAGGCUCAGAGUGUCCUAUGAGUACUCGGAGGCGGAGGAUAAAACCAUCAGGCUCGGGCUGUUCCUCAUCGUCUGCGGGAUCGUGUCCCUCUUCAUCCUGUGUUUCUGCUGGCUGAAUCCCACCCUGCAGAAUAUGCAGUGCAAGCCUGUCAACUGCACCGUGCUGUCCGUGCAGCAGAGCGGGGAGAUGUUCGAGUGCACUUUCACGUGUGGGGUGGACUGCAAAGGCACUUCGCGCUACCCCUGCCUCCAGAUCUAUGUCAAUAACUCGGAGUCCUACUCCCAAGCACUGUUGCAUUUCAACGAACAGCAACUUCUUAUCAACCCAAAGUGUUCGUACCUUCCUCCAUGUGCAAGAGACAACCAGAAGAACACGGACAGUGUGCUGAAGAAGCAGCAUGACUGGACUAAGAACAUCUCCCAGUCCUUCACAUGCUUCUUCGACCAACAGAGAAGACCGGACGACGUGCUGCUGGAGCGCUCCCACGACGAGAGCGUGCUCCUGCACUGCGUGCUCUGGCCCCUGGUCAGCCUCCUGGUCGGGGUCCUGAUUGUGGUCCUCACCGUCUGCGCCAGGAGUCUGGCCGUCCGCGCAGAAGCCCUCCAGAAGAGAAAGUUCUCCUAGAGAGAAGAAUUGGGGCGAGAAGUGGCUGUCGACAGCCUGGGGUGCAGGGUAAAGGAGAAGCUGCGGAGGAAAAGAAAUAUUUACUAUUCCAUCUCUGACUGGACAAGCGAUAGGAUCAGCGUGCCGUCUGUCAAUGCAGAGGCCGCCCCCUGCCCCUCCCCCUCCCCCUCCCCCUCCCUACUCUGCUGUGCUGAUGUACACUGGACUGCUUACAGCUUAAAUGAAUGUUCCGUUAGUUUAAAAUAAAUUCCAAAUAGCAGCAGAAGUCAAACUUGCUCAAGAUGUCCGCUCACUGUGGAAAUGAUACAGGGGUGGUCUUUAUUGCAGGUUUGACUAGGGUUACCAGAUUUACAGAGUGAAAAAAGAAAACUUUUCUUUUUCUUCAACUCUUAAUAGCUAUAUAUAACAACACAAUCAUCAUUUAAAAGUUACACAUGGGGUGUAUUUAUUGCAAAUCAUAGAUGUCUGGUAACCCUAGGUUAAACUCUAUAGUCAACUUGUGAA